AUGAUUGUCCCUCUGUCUACCCUGGCUCUCGCCGCCAGCAUCCUGUCCUCGUGCGGUCUGAUAGACGCGCUGUCUUCCUCCGACAUAGCUGCCGACACCCCCAUAUCGCAGUUGCUAUCCUCGGCGCAAACACACCUGGCCAAGGGCGAAACGAGCGAAGCCCUGGUCUACUACGAUGCCGCCAUCGCCCGCGACCCCAAGGACUACUUGACCUUCUUCAAACGCGCCACCACCUACCUCUCCCUCGGUCGCACGUCGCAAGCCACAUCCGAUUUCAACAAGGCUCUGCAACUGAGGCCAGGCUUCGAGGGCGCACAUUUGCAGCUGGGCAAGCUCAAGGCCAAGGGCGCCGACUGGGAUGGCGCAAAGGAACAAUACCUAUUGGCAAAACAGAAGCCUGAUGCCCCCGACUUCGAGGGAAUAGUGGAAGCACAGGGUGCAGCGAGCUUGGCCGAGACCGCUGCGACAGCCGGAAACUGGGAUGAGUGUAUCAACCAGGCUGGCGCCGCCAUCAUGGUCGCAAACCGCGCCGCUCACCUACGAGAACUGCGCGCAAGAUGUCGCUUCGAGAAGGGAGAAGUUGAGGAGGGCAUGGGCGACAUGCAUCACAUUUUACAAAUGAAGCCCGGAGACACCACGCCGCAUAUGCGGAUAUCGGCUACUACCUUCUACGGCCUUGGUGAUCUGGAGCAGGGGCUGGGACAGAUAAAGAAGUGUCUGCAUUCGGAUCCUGACUCCAAGAACUGCAAGAAGUUGAUGAAGCAGGAGAAGAGCGUCGAAAAGAUGUUGGCCAGGGUCGACAAGUCUCUGGAGAAGAAACAGCCCAUGUCGGGCGUCAAGCUAUUGGUACCGUCUGGUGAGGAGCCUGGCUUGAUCAACGAAGUCAAGGAGCAGGUCAAGGAGUUGAAACAGGAUGGCAUUAUCCCGGAAAAGGCGCCAAACGCUCUGCUCACAAGGCUGGUCGAGACUGCGUGCCAAGCUUAUUACGAGGCAAAUGGAAAGAAGGCAGACACAUACUGUGUCGAAGCGCUGGAGCUGAACGAGAACUCGUUCUAUGGACUGCUGCAUAAAGCAAAGACUCAAUUGGAUGCCGAGGACUUCGAUGCCUGCAUCGCAUCACUCAACAAGGCUUCCGAGGCCAGUCCGGACAAGAAGAACGUCGUCAACCCUCUGAUGCAGAAGGCUCAGGUUGCCCUCAAGCGCAGCAAGACGAAGGACUACUACAAGAUCCUCGAGGUUGCCCAUGACGCAGACGAGCGGCAGAUCAAGGCGGCAUACAGGAAGGCGUCGAAGAUACACCACCCGGACAAGGCCAUGAAGGCAGGACUGACCAAGGAGGCUGCUGAGAAGAAGAUGGCUGGUAUCAACGAAGCGUACGAGGUACUGAGCAACCCGGAGCUCAGGGCAAGAUUCGACCGGGGAGACGACCCGAACUCGCACGAGCAACAGAGCCCCUUCCAAGGAAGCCCGUUCGGCGGUGGUGGUGGCAACCCGUUCAUGUUCCAGCAGGGCGGCGGUGGUCAACAGUUUAAGUUCCAGUUCGGUUCCGGUGGAGGUGGAGGAGGCUUUCCGGGAGGAUUCCCCUUUUAG